UGACUCCAGAAAGAUGGCGGCCCUGACAGCGGAGCAUUUCGCGGCCCUCCAGAGCCUGCUGAAGGCCUCCUCGAAAGACGUUGUACGACAACUGUGUCAAGAAAGCUUUUCCAGUUCAGCCCUUGACUCAGCGAAACUCUUGGAUAGUACAUGUUCCAGCUUGUCUGUGACCCAGGAGGAGGCCGAGCAACUGCUCCAGGCUCUGCACUGCUUCACCAGGCUGGUGGCAUUCCGUGACCUGUCCUCGGCAGAAGCGAUUCUGGCUCUCUUUCCGGAAAACUUCCACCAAAACCUCAAAAACCUGCUGACAAAAAUCGUCCUGGAGCACAUAUCGACUUGGAGAACUGAAGCCCAAGCAAACCAGAUCUCUCUGCCACGCCUGCUGGACCUGGACUGGAGAGUGGACAUCAAAACCUCCUCAGACAGCAUCAGCCGCAUGGCCGUCCCCACCUGCCUGCUCCAGAUGAAGAUCCAAGAAGACCCUAGUCUGUGUGGAGACAAACCCUCCAUCUCGGCUGUGACCAUGGAACUGAGCAAAGAAACGCUGGAUACCAUGUUAGAUGGUCUGGGCCGAAUCCGAGACCAGCUUUCCGCUGUAGCCAACAAAUAGGCCAACCAGCUCCUGACCUGGGACUGUGCGGCUCUCAGCACACGGGCUGGCGGGGAGAUGGCGGGGUGGAGGGCUGCUGCUCUUCGGGAGGCACAGUGGAGGGAAGGAAGCAGCUGAGCUCAUGCCUUCCUUUCCCUUGCUCAGUUUGUGUCUCUUCCUGGUGAUGAGCAGGAGGAGCCUCCUCCUCUGAGAAGGCCCCGUGUGGAGCUGAGUUACUGCCAUGGCUGUGUGAGGGAACAUGUUCUUUCUAUCAGCUGCCUGUGUGUGCUGCUGUGGAAAACUUGGGCCCAAACUGUGGAGCUUGCCUAAUGAGCUGCCCUCCAGCUCUAGCUCAGAGGAGUUCAUUUCCAGCCCUGGGACACAUGGAGGGAAUCGGGUGAUGCCAGCAGCGCCUGCUCGCCCGUCAGAGAGGCCGGCAGACAUACCAGAGUGCAUGCGGCACCACAGCGAGACCCCUCAGCGCCUUCCCUGAGCCGCAGCCCCGCUGGGCCGCAGCUCCAGCUCAGAAAAGUGAAACCUGCUAUUUGCCAUUGCUCCUGGGCAAGAAAGUGGAAAGCAUUGGAAAUAAAUAACAGUUUUAUGA